GAGAGGGAGAAAUGAAGUUGAAGACUAACAACACAGUCUCUUACCUCUCUCUCUCUUUUUCUUUUUCCAGCACAGAAAGCGAAGCUUCUCUUUCCAUUAUUAUUUCGCACCUUCUUUGCUUCACUUUUCUCAUUCUCCUCUUCUAUUCUAUCCUUUUUUUUUAUUACAUAAACAGUUGAACACACUCUCAAAGCCCAAAACAGACAAACAGAACAAAGAAAAAAGGAAAAUACCUGAAGAAGGAGAAGAAGAGAAUGGAUAAUUUCGAUCUUGAAAAUCCAUUGACAAGCCUGAAAGACGACCAUUCUGAUACUAUCUCGGACCUCUUUGCCUCUGAAUCUGAUCAUAUGCCUUCAACAAAAUUGUUAGAAUGCUUCAAAACCUGCAACUUCUAUUCCUCCUUCCGUCAAGAAGCUGUUUCUCUCGCUUUACAGGCACAGUAUUCUUGCAACCUUGAGCCUUUUCUUGCUUAUCUUGCUGUUAAUUACAUGGAUCGAUUCAUUUCUACGCAAGAAAUUCCGCAAGAAAAGCCAUGGAUUCUAAGACUUAUUGUAGUAUCUUGCCUUUCUCUGGCGGCAAAGAUGAGGAACACACAUUUCUCACUCUCUAAUUUACAGGGAGAAGAUAGUUUUAUUUUCGACAUGCAAACAAUUAGUCGAAUGGAGAUUCUCAUUCUUGAUGCUCUGAAUUGGCGAAUGAGAUCUGUUACACCUUUCUCUUUCGUUCAUUUCUUCAUUUCUUUAUUUCAUCUCAAAGACCCACCAUUAACACAAGCUCUCAAAGAUCGAGCUACUCAGAUUAUUUUCCAAGCUCAUAAUGAAAUGAAGUUACUGAAGUUCAAGCCAUCAAUUAUUGCGGCAUCAGCCCUUCUUGUAGCUUCCCAUGAACUAUUUCCAUUGCAAUUUCCUUCAUACAAAUGUUCGAUUUCCUCUUGCGAAUGUGUAAAUAGAGAGAAGCUGGAAAAAUGCUUUAAUGCAGUGCAAGAAAUGGUAGAAAUGGAAUGGAGCGAGUCAAUAUUGGACACAGUUUCAAGUACAAGAACUCCAUUGAGUGUGCUGGACAGGCAUUGCACAAAAUCAUCAUCAGCAAGUGAGACCACUAGCAUCUCUGCCUCUGCAUUGCCAGAGAAGAGAGAUACGAAGAGGCGAAAAAGGAUUGACUAUUACAGCAACUGCAAGUGACGAUAUCCAUAUGGUCCAGCUCUUAAUUAAUUUCACAUAUUCAAAACACCAGAACCAGAUAACUCUGCAAUUGGUCCAAUUCUCUAAAUAACCACAGAGACUGUCCUCACUCACCAAAAAAUAAGAAAAGAAAAAACAGAGCUUUGAAUGUUUGUUUGUGAUUAUGCUUUGGGUUGGGAAUUUGGAAUUGUCUGUUGCCUGGCGGCAGGGAGGGAAUUAUAAUGCUUUCAUUAAUUUUUUUUUAUAUAAAUUUUCUUGAGAAACACUGAGCAAAGUGAAACAAAGGAAAUGGUAAAGAAAUCUGGCGGGAAAUAAAUUACAGUAGUUGUUGAUAGUGUCAAUAGGACGUGUGAAGAUAAGAGAGGAGAAACGACGUGCAAGACACGUAGCUUUCUUAAAGAUUGAAAGUAUCUUUGUCGAAGGAAUAGGUCUAUUCAUGUGCUUGAAAGCAAUUGCUUAUGCCUCUAUUCUUAAAUGUGGAUUUAGAAUUAAAUACUACAAUCUUUUGCUUGCUUC